AUGUACGCUAAAGGUGGGUGGAUUAAGGACGCGGCUAAUCAUGAGUGUAUUGGCAAACCUUGUCCGCUAGGGCAUGAACAUUCAAUGUGGAGAUUUGACCCACUGCCGGCACAGUUUGUAGGUAUCUAUCGCGCUCGUCAAGCAGGUAUUCGUCCUCAAGAUAUUAUGUCUAAUUGCAGUUUUUCCCUAUUCUUAUCCUUUCCACAGUCUGUCGACACGAUGGAAUACCCUUUGACAUUAUAUCAGAACUGUCGUAUUUUGUUCCUCUUCGUCGUAAUUCCAACGAUCCUACUAAUUAUCGCAUUCCUACGACACGAUCGCAGAAUCGAUACAAUUCCAGGUCCGAGACUCCACCCCGUCGUGGGUCUGGGCUUGAAACUGCCAUCAAAUGCAACGGCACUUUUCCGACAGUGGGCAGAGGACUAUGGAGACAUCUUCAAGGUCCGCAUCGGCUGGUAUAAUUGGGUGGUGAUCAAUACUCCAGAGGCGGUUCGCGAGAUACUUGAAAAGCAAGCUGUGAACACCUCCUCAAAAGCACCAAGCCCACUCGGACAUGAUGUUGUUACGGGAGGGAUGCGAAUGCCGACAAUGCCUUACGGGCCGCAAUGGCGAGCGCAACGAUCAGUCGUGCGCCAGAUAACUUCUGUGCCCAUGACCUCCACAUUUGUGCCAAGUCAAGAGUUCGAGACGAAGCAACUACUAUUCGACCUCGCGACAAACAACGGCGACUCGCAGAGAUUCUACUCUCAUAUGCGUCGCUUUGCUUUCAGUAUUGUUAUGACCAACACCUUCGGCACCCGCGUCAAGGAUAUCAAUGACCCGGACGUACACAAUGCAAUGAGAAGUCAAGCAAUCAUGCGCAAGACACUCCCACCGUACUUUAUCGUGGACGAGCUACCGCUGCUCCAGAUCCUGCCUAAAUGGCUCCAGCCUGGCCGCAGAGAAGCUGAAGAAUGCGGCAAAGAAGUGCUCAAGAUCAAAAUGGAUCUCUGGCGUCGACUCGAGCGUCAGCACGCUGCCGGAAAGGCACCAGAGUGCUACGGUCGCGAGAUCAUUGAGCACAGAGACACAUGGUAUGCAAAAGGCCUUACGGAAGAAGACUUGGCCUGGAUUUGCGGUGGUCUCGUGGAAGCUGGAUUUGAAACUUCCGCCGCUACACUCAACAGCCUAGUCCUCCACCUCGCCGCCAACCCCCGAGUUCAAACCGCAGCCCAAGAAGAGAUUAUGCGCGUAGUCGGUCCCUCACGCUGUCCGCGCUUCGAAGACCUCCGCCGCCUACCCUACGUCCGAGCCUGCGUGAAAGAAAUGCUCCGCCUCAAUCCCAUCCUCGCUCCGGGAGUCCGGCACUUCACUGACAACGACGUAACAUACAAAAACCACAUCAUUCCCAAAGGUACCGUCCUCCUCGCCAAUACCGCCUACCUCCACUUCGACCCCACCCGCUUCUCCAACCCUCACGACUUCAUGCCUGAACGCUACCUGCACCACGACCUCUACAGCUCCGAAUACGCCGCCAUGUCCGACCCAUACAAACGCGACCACUUUACUUUCAGCACUGGCCGACGCACCUGUCCUGGUGCUCGCGUGGCGGAGAAUUCCCUCGGGAUUGCUUUAGCGGGAAUGCUCUGGGCGUUUGAGAUUCGACCUCCGAUUUCGGAUGAUGGGAUCACCGAGGGGAAAAUGGACCUGAGUGAAAAGGCUUAUCCGAAUCCGGGAUUUACGACUCCGGGUCCGUUCAAGGCGCGGUUUGUGAUUCGGGAUGAAGAGAGGGAGAGGAUUGUGACGGAGCAGUGGGAGGUGGCGAUGAAGGAGGGGUAUGAGUUGAGAGGUGUGCCAGUUGAUGUGAAUGGUGUUGUGCGGUAUUAG